AGCGCUGCGCCCAGCCCAGUCCCGCUCGCAGCCGCCGCCGAGCCGCGGACGCAGGACCCGAGGCUGUCUUCUGCGGGCGCGCUUGUUUUCCUGCCAUCGCCGCCGCCUCUCCUUGCGCAGCCCCCGCCCGCCCGUCCGCAGCGCUCCGUUCAGCCCCGCCCGCCAUCCGUUUCCAGAGCUGGAUUUAUGAAUGGGGGGAAGAGGCCACAUGCCGCCGCCGCCGCCUCGUGUUGACCGCACGCAGCCCGAGCCCCCGGAGCUCCGGCUGUGGUGAGAGCGUCGCCCCGGCCCCGGCUCCAGGCCCCGGCAUCGCUCGGAAGACUUGUUGCUGCUGCGCUGCCGCCGCCGCGGGGAAGCCGGCAGCUCCCGGAGCUCGGUGCGGUCUGGGAGUCGGAGGGUGGCCCGCGUGAGUGUGAGCGAGCGCGCGCGCGUCCCAGCCCCUCGCUGUGCGCCUGGACAGGGCGCUUUCUCAUCUUUUGGGGGCUGGAGGGGGGCGUGUCCUGGCCCGGAGCAUUUGUGUGCCCUGCCCUCGCAAGGAAUAGUGUGUGUGCUUGCCACUGCCUCCGAGGACCUUUUACUUGGGUCUUCGGCCCAUCUCUCCCCAUCCUGUCUCCCUCCCCCGCGGCUGCCUGCCCAAACCCCAACCACCUGUGCACCCGAGAAACCCAACUCCUCCCGCUCCGCGCCCCGGGGUGGGGGGGGAGGCAGGGGCAGGGCCAAGCCGCAGAGGGGGCCGCCACCGCCUCCUGCCGCCGCCUCCUCGUCUCCUCCCCCUCCCCCGUCUGACGCUGCCUCCUCGGGAAGGGUGUUUGGAGGGCAGCGGCCGCCCCAAGCCGGAGCCCCGCAGCGCUUCUUAUGAUCAGCUCGGUGUGUGUCUCCUCCUACCGCGGGCGCAAGUCGGGGAACAAGCCUCCGUCCAAAACAUGUCUGAAGGAAGAGAUGGCCAAGGGCGAGGCGUCGGAGAAGAUCAUCAUCAACGUGGGCGGCACGCGACAUGAGACCUACCGCAGCACCCUGCGCACCCUACCGGGCACCCGCCUCGCCUGGCUGGCCGAUCCCGACGGCGGGGGCCGGCCUGACUCCGAUGGCGGCGGCGCGGGCAGCAGCGGCAGCAGCGGCGCCGGGGGCUGCGAGUUCUUCUUCGACCGGCACCCGGGCGUCUUCGCCUACGUGCUCAACUACUACCGCACGGGCAAGCUGCACUGCCCGGCCGACGUGUGCGGGCCGCUCUUCGAGGAGGAGCUCACCUUUUGGGGCAUCGACGAGACCGACGUGGAGCCCUGCUGCUGGAUGACCUACCGGCAGCACCGCGACGCCGAGGAGGCACUGGACAUCUUCGAGAGCCCGGACGGAGGUGGCGGUGGCGCGGGGCCCAGCGACGAGGCCGGCGACGAUGAGCGAGAGCUGGCCUUGCAGCGCCUGGGCCCCCAUGAGGGCGGCGCAGGCCCCGGGGCUGGGCCUGGGGGCUGCCGUGGCUGGCAACCCCGCAUGUGGGCGCUUUUCGAGGAUCCUUACUCUUCCAGGGCCGCCAGGGUGGUGGCCUUUGCAUCACUCUUCUUCAUUCUGGUCUCAAUCACAACCUUCUGCUUGGAGACUCACGAGGCCUUCAACAUCGACCGCAACGUGACAGAGAUCCACCGCGUGGGGAACAUCACCAGCGUGCGCUUCCGGCGGGAGGUGGAGACCGAGCCCAUCUUGACCUACAUAGAGGGCGUCUGCGUGAUGUGGUUCACGCUGGAGUUCCUGGUGCGAAUUGUGUGCUGCCCUGACACGUUGGACUUUGUCAAGAACCUGCUCAACAUCAUCGACUUUGUGGCCAUCCUACCCUUCUACCUGGAGGUGGGGCUGAGCGGCCUGUCAUCUAAGGCAGCGCGAGACGUGCUGGGCUUCCUGCGCGUGGUGCGCUUCGUGCGCAUCCUGCGCAUCUUCAAGCUCACGCGCCACUUCGUGGGGCUGCGCGUGCUGGGCCACACGCUGCGUGCCAGCACCAAUGAGUUCCUCCUGCUCAUCAUCUUCCUGGCGCUGGGCGUGCUCAUCUUCGCCACCAUGAUCUAUUACGCAGAGCGCAUUGGCGCCAGGCCUUCCGACCCGCGAGGCAACGAUCACACCGACUUCAAGAACAUCCCCAUUGGCUUCUGGUGGGCUGUAGUCACCAUGACGACGCUGGGCUAUGGGGACAUGUACCCCAAGACGUGGUCGGGCAUGCUGGUGGGGGCGCUGUGUGCACUGGCUGGCGUGCUCACCAUCGCCAUGCCGGUACCCGUCAUUGUUAACAACUUCGGCAUGUACUACUCCCUGGCCAUGGCCAAGCAGAAGCUACCCAAGAAACGGAAGAAGCACGUGCCGCGGCCGCCCCAGCUUGAGUCACCCAUUUACUGCAAGUCUGAGGAGACCUCGCCCCGGGACAGCACCUACAGUGACACCAGCCCCCCUGCCCGGGAAGAGGGUAUGGUGGAGAGGAAACGGGCAGACUCCAAGCAGAACGGAGAUGCUAACACGGUGCUGUCAGAUGAGGAAGGCGCUGGCCUCACCCAGCCCCUGGCCUCCUCCCCUACCCCCGAGGAGCGCCGGGCCCUGCGUCGCUCUGGCACCCGAGACCGAAACAAGAAGGCAGCUGCCUGCUUCCUGCUCAGCGCUGGGGACUAUGCCUGUGCUGAUGGAAGUGUCCGGAAAGAGACCUGCCAAGACGCCCUCUCGUCCAACUAUGCCCAGGCUGAAGUCCUCACCCUCUCUUAAAGCGGCACCAGCGCAAGAGAGACAGGCAGACAGACAGAGAGCCAAAGGCUUAGGGAAACGCUGGAAACCAGGCAAGACUCUUUUCUUCUGGGAAAGACUCAGAUAUCCUUGUUUGCAGAGGACUGACGGGAAACCUCACAUGCAACCCUCAGGACCCGGAGCCAUCUGGGUCUGAUCUGUUCUACUGUACAUUGAAGAGAUAUAUAUGCACAUAUAGUAUCUAUAUUCAUACAUACUAUACUUCUGUGUGUAGUGCACGUGCUAUUGGUGGUCUGUCUUCUUUGUUAGGCAGUGUCUCCCCAAGCCCAGCCUCUACCCCUAAACUCCCUUCCCUCCCCCUGUUGACAGAUUUCUUGUUAAUUCUGCUGAAAAUGUGUCGGAAAUGUCCCAAGAAAAGGUCCCCUGGGAACUGCUAGUCCAUUUGGGUGGUCCCAGGCUAGACUGUCCUGCGUGGGGGCAUUUCUCCUGUCAGCAGGUGGCCACUUGAGGGCCACACUGUGCCCAGGGUCACUGCUUCACCAGCCCCCCACCCCAGAUUGGGGUUCUACCUCCCACCCCACGCCCCAGCUGUGGGGGACUUCCAGGGGCUCUGCAGCCUCCGCCCCUCCUCCCACCCCCUCCCCGUGUCCUUGACUGAGGGGGCAUUUGGUCUUAUUUUCUGUUUUGUCUCCUUCGUCUGUUUGUUUUUCAAAGAUGCUGCUGGGCAGAUGGGCAGGGAUGGGGUCUGUCUGCCCGUUUGGCUCAGGGGUCUGAGAAGGGGAAGCCUCGGGCGAGAGAUCAGUUGCAAUACUGUACUUCCUGGCCAGUGGCCAGAGGAUGCGUGCAAUAGCAGAGGCCAGGCGACCCCUUCAGCCUCAGCCUCUGCCCCUCCCUCGGCCCCGCUCCCCAUCCUGCCCUGUCACCCCUGCCCAUGGUGUUGGUCAGUCCUUUUCUAAGCUGUUCCCCUGUGUGUGUUGGAGGCAUCUCCAGGCCGGGGCCCAUGCCCUGCCCAUGUGCCUCUGACUAUCAUGCUGUGCUGGAGCCCCAAUAAAGACAUCUGGAGCUGACUGGAUGCUCCUGCUGUGUAAGUGUCUGC